ACACUGGACGCAAUCGAACAGGCGUAUUCAGUCUCCAAAGGAGUCGCCGACGACUUCGAGAAUGCCCACUGUGUUUUCCGUGACUACGGCAAAGACUUCAUGAAGAAGAUUGGUGUUUCUCCGGAUGCGUUUCUGCAGAUGGCCAUACAAAUGGCAUAUUACAAGGAUCAAGGAAAAUUCGAACUCACAUACGAACCAACAGUGAUGCGAUUGUAUCGUGAAGGACGGACAGAGACGGUACGGAGCUGCAGCAUGCAUUCGUGCGAAUUUGUCAACUCUAUGCUUGAUAAGACUAAGGAUGACCAGACGCGAUUGUCGCUGCUGCGAAAAGCAUGCGAUUCUCACCAGACCUAUUACCGUAAUGCAAUGGCCGGUUACGGUGUCGAUCGGCAUCUUUUUGCCAUGUACGUGGUGUCCAAAUAUUACGGUAUCCAGUCUGCGUUCCUGGACAACGUGUUCAGCAUGAAUUAUGCACUCUCCACUAGCCAGACUCCACAACACCAAAUGAGCGAAUACAUGAAAUCGCUGAACAAAGAGCGCGAUUUAUUCUGGCCUGCAGGAGCGUUCAGCUGCCCGGAAGGAUCGAAUUACGGAGUAUGCUACACCGUUGGUGCCACCGGUGACAUAAUGAGCUUUCAUGUGACAUCCUGGAAAUCGCUACCCCAUACGGACUCACACCGAUUCCGCGAUACACUUUGUGAAUGCUUGCGAGAAAUGAAGAUGAUGGUUGAUCGAGCGAUUAGCUGA